UGAUCAGUCUAUUGGCAGCACAUUAUCAAAUACACAACAUGCGAAAUUUCUUUGACGGUUUUUUUCUGAUCUGACGUUCCUGAUCAUUACAACAACAGCAACGACAUCGACAUCGACAUCGAACAAGCGUGCGUCCAAGGACCAGCAACAUCCAAUGAAACGGCGAAUCGACAUAUUAGGAAAGGAGCAGACUUACUAUCUAGUGGAAAUGCUAUGGCGACAAGUACUCUUCGAGCGGAUGCGGAUAUCUGUACUCAAGAUCCCCAUCAAAAGGCGGUACAUGCAUUCAAAACUUGCAUGGGCGAAUUAACUGCAAGUCAUCGUGUACAAACUCUGACAUCAACUAUUGUGGGUGGACAAAACGACCGAGACAAAAAGACGACACGUGUCUUUUGCGCGAAUCGGACAGCAGUCGUUGACCUGUGAACACCGGCAUGGAAGGAAUUCUGAGCUGGUCAAUAAAA